AUGACCAGAAUUAAACGAGGAUAUAUAGCUCGGAGACGUCGAAUAAAAAUUCGUUUAUUUGCAUCAAGCUUUCGAGGGGCUCAUUCAAGACUUACUCGAACUAUUACUCAACAGAGAAUAAGAGCUUUGGUUUCGGCUCAUCGGGAUAGAGAUAGGAAAAAAAGAGAUUUUCGUCGUUUGUGGAUCACUCGAAUAAAUGCAGUAAUUCGCGGAAUAGGGGUAUCCUAUAGUUAUAGUAGAUUAAUACACAAUCUGUACAAGAAACAAUUGCUUCUUAAUCGUAAAAUACUUGCACAAAUAGCUAUCUCAAAUAGGAAUUGUCUUUAUAUGAUUUCCAACGAGAUUAUAAAAUAA